AAUGGACAUAUACCUGUUGCCCACUUAACAUUCAAAAAUUACUUUGCGAGGUGUCCAAACUCCAAAGACAGCCUCUAUAUAGUGAAAGUGUCCCAACUCCAAAACACAAUGUCACAGACCUUGUCCUGAGCUUCUACUACACUUCUCUCUCUCUUAAGCAGACUAGAGGGCUAGAUGAGGCCACCCGGACCACCAGGUGGCCCUGGACCAGGACCUGGCGGCCCUCCGCCUCCGUUUCCGUUACCCGGGGGCUUUCUUGGUGGCUUUGUCAAUAACUUAUGCAGCACUGUAUCUUCUUGCUUUUACUGCUUGUGUUGUUGCUGGCUGCUACAAGACUGCUUUGGUGAUCCUGGUGGACCUCCCGGGCCUCCGCCCGGUCCUCCUCCACCACCUAUUUGGCCUCUUGGGCCCCCUCCACCUGGGCCUCCACCGGGUACUCCUCUACCACCUCUUUGGCCUGCAGCACCUCCUCUUGGGCCGCCUCCACCUCCUCCUGGACCGCCUGGUGAUCCUUUUGGGCCACCUGGACCCCAUGGCCCACCGGGAGGUCCAGGACCACGUCCAUUCUAAUCUUUAGGUUCUGAAAACAACAAAAGGACAUCUAAUGGAAUGGGCCAUAUGCAGUUUUCUACAGACUCUCUCUUCUGUCAUGCUGCUUUUACUCUGUAAUACGAGACAGCAUUGUAUUGAAAGAUUUACUAACUUUGUUAAGAAUAAUAAUUAUAAGUUUCUCAGUUUCCAAUAUAUAUUUAUCUUUUUUUA